GCGCGCGCUCGCUCGCUGGCGCCGGGGAAAACGUUGCGCAGGUUCAAAAAUGGAACGUCGGCGGCGUGAGGGAGCGCGAGGGGGUGUGCGCGCGUGCGCGUGCGCGUGCGCGCCCGGACGAGGGUGACGGGGACCCCGCCAGCCCUAGCAUCGCGCGCCGCAGCCGCGGCCCCGCAGCUCCGCCCCCGGCCCGGCCCGGCCCCGGGCCCGCUCGCCCGCCGCCCCGCAUGGAGCUGUCAGCCAUCGGCGAGCAGGUGUUCGCCGUGGAGAGCAUCCGGAAGAAGCGCGUGCGGAAGGGUAAAGUCGAGUAUCUGGUGAAGUGGAAAGGAUGGCCCCCAAAGUACAGCACGUGGGAGCCAGAAGAGCACAUUUUGGACCCCCGCCUCGUCAUGGCCUACGAGGAGAAGGAGGAGAGAGACCGAGCAUCGGGGUAUAGGAAGAGAGGUCCGAAACCCAAGCGGCUUCUGCUGCAGCGGCUGUACAGCAUGGACCUGCGGAGCUCCCACAAGGCCAAGGGCAAGGAGAAGCUCUGCUUCUCCCUGACGUGCCCACUCGGCAGCGGGAGCCCCGAGGGGGUGGUCAAGGCGGGGGCACCUGAGCUGGUGGACAAGGGCCCCUUGGUGCCCACCCUGCCCUUCCCGCUCCGCAAGCCCCGAAAGGCCCACAAGUACCUGCGGCUCUCACGCAAGAAGUUCCCGCCCCGCGGGCCCAACCUGGAGAGCCACAGCCAUCGACGGGAGCUCUUCCUGCAGGAGCCACCGGCCCCAGACGUCCUGCAGGCGGCCGGCGAGUGGGAGCCUGCUGCGCAGCCCCCUGAAGAGGAGGCAGAUGCCGACCUGGCUGAGGGGCCCCCUCCCUGGACACCUGCGCUCCCCUCAAGUGAGGUGACCGUGACCGACAUCACCGCCAACUCCAUCACCGUCACCUUCCGUGAGGCCCAGGCGGCCGAGGGCUUCUUCCGAGACCGCAGCGGGAAGUUCUGAGUCACCGUUUUUACUCUUCUUAAACUGUUUUUUUUUGGGCUUGGGGUGGGACUUCCAGAGAUAGGGAUGGGUUGGGGGCGGGGUAAUUAUUUUAUUUAAAAAAAUACCGAGCAGCAAAAGGGGAGAAGAUCCCACUACUCUCCCACCACCUGCCCUUUCUCUGAGGGACGUUUAUCAUUCUCCUCUAGUGACGCAGCAGCUGGUUCUGGGGGUUAAAGGAGCAUUGGAAGGCCCAAACCCUCUCCCUUGAGUGGCCCACCCCAGCCUGGUUGGCUGGUUUUCCUCUUCUUUUUGUUUCGAUUGGGUCUUUACCUUGAACUUUCCUCUCUGGCUUUGCAGUGGGCUGUGGAGGCUGGUUUUGACCAAAAGUGAGUGGGGUGGGAGCAAGGGGCAGGAGGAAGGGUUGAGGUUGCUGGGGCGAGUCCCUUGCCCUUCAGAGAGGCUUCUACCCUUCCCAGGGAGGAGGCGCUGCUGAGACCCUUCUGCUGAGAGCUCUGCCCUCCCCCCGUCACCUGGCCUGUGCAGAAACCCUCAUGUACGCGCGGCUGCACAGGUGUGCACGCAUUACCCUUCGCGUGUACGUUCCCAUGUGCCCCGUGAACACGUGUGUCUACAGACGUGUCCACAUGGGCCUUGCAAACCUGGUUUAGAAACCCUGGCCAGGUGAACGUGGGGUGGUUCACAGCACAAAAGAACUCACCGCCACGCCUGCACUCACCCCACCUUGCAUGCACCUUGCUACGUGCUUGCAGCUUUCAGCGGAGGGCAGGGGUCUGGCACAGGUGCGAUGGCACCCCAUGCUCCAGGCAUGCAGAUGUGAUUUCUCAGGCUGCGGGUGUGCAGGUGUCUGCUGAGUUGUGUGAUGUGUCAGCGCAGGCUUUGAGACAUCUGGACCCUGUCCUUCCUCCCCCGAAGGGUUCUUGUUCUUUCUGACUCAGGUGACUUUUCAGCCCUUCCAAUUCCCCUCUUUCUCUGCCCUCCCCUCCAACUCAACCAGUCCAGCUGUGGGCAGUCAGGGAGGGAGGGAGUGUCCCACCACGUUCUCAGGGCAGCCCUUGACUCCUAAGCCCCUUCCUCCUUCCGUUCUGCAUCCCCCUCCCCAUCCAACCUAAAUACCACAGCUGGGGCUGAGCUGUGUUUCUGUGGAGGGACCUCUGCCACGCCUCUCUGAGGUCAGGCUGCUCUGUGUGAUGGGCAGGCUUUGCCCCAGCCCGCCCCCUGGCGAGGUGCACUUGUUUUCUGGCUUGUACAAAGUGUCCUGGGGGCCAGUGGCUUCCCUGCCAGUGAGGAGUGACUUCUCCCUCUCUUCCAGUUCUGUAGGGGAGAAAAAGCCAGACUGGGGGGCCCGAGGGGAGCAUGGAAAAGGCCGGCUUCCCUGGCUUUCCUUGGCUGUCAGAGUCAGGGUGACACACACCAAGAGUGGAGUGUGGUCCGCGAGUUGGAAACACCCGCCCGCCCUCCCCGCAGCUCUGCUCUGUGUCCUCAGGAAGCCACAGAGUCUACAGAGGCAAGGAGAGGGCGAUUCUUUCCCCAGACCCCUUCUUCCCUAGUUCCCAAACCAAAGACAGCCUGCAGCCCUUUCUGCUUGGGGUGCUCUGUUGACAGGCUUCCCAGAUCCCUGAGUCUCUCUCUCCUUCCUUCUCGAUCUUUAGUUGUCCACGGUCAAUUCAGUGCUUCCACGGGGGGACAGUCCCCUCUGGGGUGACCUGAUUCACCUCCAGCCCAGGGAAUGGAAUCUAGAGGAAUACGUGGGGUAGGUCUGGACAAGGGGUGGCAGGAAUCACCACCCGUCUCCAGCUGUGGGCCCUGUGGAGGGGAAGGGGAAGCUUGGGGUUCAGAGGGAACUCUUCCAGGAGAGGGGUGCCCAGCGGAGGUGAAGGUGAUGGGGGGUAUGGGGGGUCUCUGGUUGAAUGUUUUGGCCCAUGGGUUUGGAACAUGGCUGGCAGCUUCCAGCAGAAGUCGCGCUCCCCAUCCCCCAGGGGCAUGGCACCUUUUUCCUGCUUCCUGGUCACUUUCAAAGAACUAUUUGCGCAAUCUUUGGGUCUGUAGAUUCACGGGGCUUUCUGUGUGGGCGCUGCAGUUGCUUUUGUCUGCAGCAGCAGGACACGUCUUUCCUCUUACUUAGCCCUUUAUGGCCCAUGAGGAACUCUGUGGCUCAGGGAGAGCUGAACUCCAGGGGCGUGACCUGGGACAGGUGGUGCCUGAGGUGCCCAGCUCAGGGCAGCCACGUGGCUCAUGGGCUGCAGUGAGCCAGCUCCCUGGGGAAAAGGCUGUGGACCAUUAGGACCAUCCUCCAGGACAGGUGACCUCUAUGAGGUCACCUAUGGCUGUGGCCGUGCAGGCCUCCUUCCAGCCCAGAGUGGCCCAGUAGAGUAAGGCAGACAGUGACCUCCACCCCUGCAGCCCCCUUAAAAGGCCAGUACUCUUGGAGGUGGGGGGAGGGUUUAGAAAGCAUUUGCCCACCUGCCUUUCUUUCCCCCAGCCCGCACCCGCUUUGAAUGUAGAGACCUGCGGGCACUUUUCCUUUUGUGGUGGGGGGUGUGGAGGCUGUACCCCUACCCCUGGCACGGCCGCCUGAAAUGCAGGACUAUCACUGCUGUUAGGGUGAUGACCUCGUUGCCAAGCUCCUCCUCUCCCCUUGUUCUGGGGGCAGGCGCUGUGCUUCUGUGAGGUGGUUUAGCUUUUGCUUCAUAAGUGGCCAGCCGCGGCCACCAGGUCUCAGCACAAGAGCGCUUCCUUUGCACAGAAUGAGCUUUGAGCUUUGUUCAGACUAAAUGAAUGUAUCUGGGAGGGGUCGGGGGGCACGAGCUGGCUCCAAACACAUGCCUUUGCUGAGUGUGUGUGUGCUGGGAGAUCAGAGUGGAUGUAGAGCGCAGUUUUAUUUUUGUACUGACAUUGGUAAGAGACUGUAUAGCAUCUAUUUAUUUAGAUGAUUUAUCUGGUAAAUGAGGCAAAAAAAAAAUUAUUAAAAAUACAUUAAAGAUGAUU